AUGGCCGAUCUCUUAUCGGGGUCCUUACUUGAAAACUCCGAUCUCUUGGUGUUACAUUCCACUCGACCUCUCAACAUGAUUCCUUUGGUAGUUAUUAAACUAGUCUCAAGAAACCUACCAGAUGUCAAGGACGUUCUCAACUUCAGUAUAAUCAAUAGGCAAGUUUAUAACUUGGUAAUGAAAGACGAGGUCUUAUGGAUAAAUUUUUUGAAGCGGAUAAGGAUCUGGAAGAACGGUAAGGUUGAAACUUCCGAAAUUGUGGAUGAUUUACUACUUAGUAUGAAGAUAUCUGUUGGCAAUCCCUCGUUAGCUUUUCAACAAUUCAAAGUCUGUUAUACUAUGUAUAAACCAAUAGUUCAGGAUCUCUUAGUAACACACUAUGAUAAUAUUCAAAACUCUAGCAUUCUACAGAAAAUCACUUCUCCCAAGGAUCAAGCAUUGUUGCUUAAUGGACUUCGAAAAUUUGUUGUGUAUUUCAAGAAUGUUAAUUUUCAGCUAUACCAAAAAUUGCAAAUACGUCUCAAUUCAAUUGUGGAAAUGUUCACAAGUAGUCUAUUAAGAGAGAUAGAUCAUCAUUUUUCCAAUGAAACUUUUGAGGAGUGUCAUGCUCUUAUAGACUCCCUUCACCUUUUGGGAGAGCCUGCAUUUGACUUAACAACUAGAACUGGUGAUCAUGUUGACAACAUGGAAUUAAUCUUAGAAUUCUUCAUUAACAAGUUUGCCGACGAUUAUUCAAUCCUUUACGAGGUAAAAGAAACGGACAUAUUUCUCAACGUUAUUGGUACAUCUCUACAGAAUGAAAGAGGGGUGGUCAAGGGUUAUCAACUGCAAUUUGUGAAACUGGAUGAGGUUUUUGAAAAGCUCAUAGUCAUUUUUGAUAGAGAGUUCACUAUACUUGAACACAUUUUCAGACCUGAUGUUGAUGGUGAAAUCAGUGAAGUUCCUAUAGUGUUGAAGCUGGUUGAAACAUUUUUGAAUAACUAUUUAAUAGGAAGGUUUGUUGACGAGUUGAUAACGCGGGCAAAAGAAAUUGAUGAAAGUGAAAUUAUUGAAUUUAAUCAACUAGUUCAAGCAAGAAGUAUUUCAGAUAGUGUUUUGAACGAAGACUCUCAGAAUCCCUGGGCUCAAAAUAAUUGUGUUCGGUCAAAUUCAACUCAAAUCUCAGGGGGCCAUAGUUGCGGUGAUGGAAAUGGAUUAAUUAGUGAAAAUCAAUACUUCAAUGUGAUGAAUGAAUCUUCUCUCUAUUUUCAAUUGGUGCCUUAUUUGUAUAACAAGAUAUCUCUUACUUUUUCAAAAGUUCGUUAUCCUGCGGAUUCAAAGAUUAUUGACUACCCCAAACUGAUAUCUGAAUUGAUUAAUUUCUACUAUGGUCAGUAUUCCUCCGAAUUUAUUGAUCUGCUUCCUCGACAGUGUCAUUUCUCUUUGAUUCAAUUGAUAAAUAGGUGGCAGGAGGAACUUAAAAAACAAGAACAGUCUCAAGAAAAUGAGAUAAUGCAGUUUGUGGACGAGGAGCAGGAUACAAAAGGGAAGAAAGGAUUUCUUCUAACUUCAGGCAAAGAUAUUUUGACUGGAUUCACUAGCAUUUUCAAAGGUAGUGUUCAAAAAGAGGAGGCUCAGAGGGUAUCAGAAACACUGGAGUAUUCGAAUCGGAGUCAGGAUCAGAAUGCUCAGCAAAAGCGUCUGACUAGAUUUGCGGCCAAAUUAGAGAUACUCUCUCAUAACCUUGACAAUAUUAAAUCUCUCGUUAGCGUCGAUUUGACGAUCUUGAUUUUACAACAUGUGAAAAACACAUUCCUAUUGUUACUCUCUCUAGGUGACAGUUCACAUCUCAACAAGGAAACUGAAAAGAAGAUUGCAACAACUUGCCAAGAAGUUUUCACUGAUAGUGUGGUGACGUUAACAAAUGGGCACGUAAAGAUAGGAUUUGAUGAAGCAAUCCAUAGACUGAAAGUAUACAAUCCAAUUGAUCAAGGUGCACAAAUUGCUGUAGAGCCACUCAAAAUGUUUGUCGAAUUGGUCAAUAAUGCUGAUUUAGUUAACGAAAUGUUGAAAAUAUUCUAUCAAGAAGAACUUAUUGAUAAACAUUUGGUGAUAUCAAAGGAAAAGAGUAAAAAGGACUUUUUAAUGGUUAAUAACUGUGAAAAGUCUAUGAGCAAACUGGAAACUCUUUUGGACACAUAUGUGGCUGACGGCCUGAAUACUGGUAUCGAGGUUCUUAUGAAUGAAAUUAGUUAUAUCACCAUGGUAGAAUUAGAUGAGGGAAUCUAUAGUAUUAGGAAUGAACAGGAUCUUUUGAGAAAGCAUCUGGAUCCAGGUGUUCCCACGAGUUUUGCCCAGAAGACUAUUCAAGUGCUCAGAGUUCAUGUCAAUAUGCUUAUUGGAAGCAUUGAUAAAUCCAUUAUUGAUGUGUUCAGGCAAGAGAUUGGUGAGAGAUUUGUUAACGAUCUAGUUAAACUUAUUAAUAAGAAACUAACAAUAAGCACAAUCGGAGCAAUGUUUCUUAUCAAUGACCUAAACUUUAUGUACAACUUUUUCUUGGAAUUAAAACUAAAACCAAUUGUGAACUACUUUAUAGCACUGCGGCAAAUUGCACAGCUCUAUUUGAUUGAUAGCGAGAACUCAAACGAAAUCGGAAAAUUGGUAGUGAGAAUUGGAAAAGACAAUGGAAUGUUUACUCAGGAAGAAGUAUAUGAGUUCGUUACUAGGAGAGCAGACUGGGAAAGAAUUAAAAAACAUGUUGACAAAAUCAUCUAUGGGCUACAAUUGCAGGAUUGUAUUAUUAUGUAA